AUGGCAGCGACACCUCCUGCAACCAGUGUAGUUGAGACUCCGCCAACACCACGGCACGGUGACACUUCACGACACUACCCCACUCGGAAAAGCGCCCGGCAAUCUUCAACUAAAUUCAUCAGCCGUACACAAACCCCACCUCGUGAUCCAGGAGAUCUCAAUUCUAGGUUCGGUUCAUCAAGACUACAGCAAUCAUCAUCUCCUGCAUCUUCAGGUAUUCCGCCUCAUUCUCCCCCUUCAUCAACGAAUACGUCUCCCCGCGGGAACUUGAGCCGAGGAAGAAAGACCAAGUAUAACGAUAUCAUGAAUGGCACAGAUGACUCGAGAGACGCUGUCUCUAGUAAUCAGCCAAAGGGUGGUGGAAACACAGAUCUCCAACCCUUAGAGGUCAAUCCGCACAUGCUGCCAACACCAGCCAGCGCCCCGCGAAAGAAACAGGUCUCAAGACCACAAGUAGAUGCAGCCGCUCGAGUUCUGUUUCCUCCCCGUCCAGAUUCUGUUGAAGAUGCUAUGCCUACGCCUCGUAAGAAUCGCAAAAACCGAAGGAACGUUGGUUUCAACUUGUACGGUGAUCCUGAAGAAGAUGGUCAAAACUUGGAUGAAAGAGUGCAAGUAUUCACUGAUUCCAAAGACCGAGUACCAGAAGUGGGUCCGCAAACAGACAAUCCUUUUGUGGAUGGCUCUCAGCAAAAUCAACAACCAGAAAUGGCCAAGCCUCGAGCGAGCAGGAAACGCAAGCAGCGUCAUGUGGAGACUAACCCACAGAUCGAGGAUGCGUUCAAUCGCGACGAAGGCAUCGUGUAUACCUUCCGUGGCCGGAAGAUAUAUCGCAAAUUCCCCCAAAGUUCAGAUUCGGAAAGCGGAAGCUCAUUACAUGCACAUGAUGACGCAAAUGCCCCAGAAACAACCAGACUGCGACCUUUCACUCGCUCUUCAGUGAAACCCCGCCUCCUCUUCCCUACACCACAACAGCAAGCCGAACGCUCCGCCGCGGAACUUGCUGAUGAGGAAGCUACCACUGAAAUUGAAGACAACGGCAUUGCGCAAAAGAAAGCUGUCACCACGCCGGUCAAGAAAUCUUUUCAGACAGUCACGCCACCAACGACGGUUCACAGGACAAGAUCAACGAAGAAUCCAGGCGAAUAUGCGACCACAUCACCACCCGACCAGGACAUGGAUGAUGCGUCUCAAGAGAUGCCAAAGAGAAAGAAAGUCAGCCCUUUCGAUGGAUGGGCGAGGACUAAGCCUGGGGCUGGUGAUAUGAGGGGUAAGAAGCGGGAGGGUGAAGCUAUGGAGAAGACUGAUGGCGACGGUGGGAAGAGAGUCAGGAGUGGAGCCUCUGCUUCGACGUCUUUCGGAUGA